AUGGUCGAUACAACCAAGUAUCCGCAAGUAGCAGUCGUGGUGCCGAAAAUGGAGUUCCCCUCGAACACCAAUUCUCCCUCCGCGGUCCCAGCCGCGAACACCACCGCCAACAUGGACACCGCCACCACCAACACAAACCCACCACAAGCCGGCGCCUCCAACGCACCCAACACGACAACCGACAAAGCAGACCCCUCGCCGCAGCCCAAGCCCGACCCCGAGUUGCCAGUGGAAGUUCCGCGCGAGAUCUCCGACGCGGAGAUGCAGCUCGUCUCGUCGCUGGCCAAGCUCCAAAAGCUAGAGUCUAUGAUCCACCAACUCCGCACCCUCCUCCCAGACCGCGCGCUGGACCCGCUCGUGCCCAUCGUCAACCCCAGCGCCGCGGGCGGCCGCGCGCCUCCCAAGUCGCCGGCGGUGCUGUACCAGCAGCUGGCGGCGGCGAUGAGCGGGGCGGUGGCGGAGGUGCGCGCGUUCCAGGGGCUGUGGCGGAGCGCGGACAUGCGCGCGAUGUGGGAGCGGGUCGGGGCGCAGAUCGACGCGAACGGCGGGCAGCUGCUGCAGCCGACGGGCGUGUGGGACCGCGACUACGAGGCGCUGCGGGCGGAGCUGGCGGCGCUGGAGACGGCGAAGAUGGAGCGGGAGCGGCGGGCGGAGGAGGAGGCGGAGCGCGCGCGCAUCCAGGCGGCGGAGGGGGGUUGGCGCGGUGUGGUCGAGGGAUUUGUGGCGCAGAAUGGCGGCUUGGUGAGGGUGCUUCCGAGCAAGGCGGAGGAUGAGAUGACGGUUGUGCUGGGGAAGGCUGGGAUGCGGUUUAGGGUGUAUGCGGACGGCGCGAACGGCGACGGUGGAGGGGGGAUAUGA